UCAUCUUCUCUCUAUAUCCAACGCAACAUUACAAACUCAUCUUCUGUUUUUCAAAAACCACAACCAUCUUUAUCUUCUCUUCUAAAAAUUCUUUAAUCACCAUAUAUGGCUUCUUCUUCUCAAAAUAAUUUAGAUAAUGCAUUUGAUGAUGCAUUUGAUGAUGCAUUUGAUGCUGCAUUUGAUAAACGUUUUGAUCAAGUCAUGGAGAAUCUAACCAUUCGUAAUGAUCAAGAAGCAAGAAGAAAUGCAAGAAAAAAACGAGCUUACAUCGAAAGACAUCGUGAAGAAGGGCAUAUUCUUUUAUGGAAUGAUUAUUUCAGUGAAACUCCAACGUUUCCCGAAAAUAUGUUCCGCCGACGUUUUAGAAUGAACAGGCCAUUGUUCAUGCGCAUUGUUGAUCGACUCUCCACCGAGGUUGAAUAUUUUCGGGAAAAGCGCGAUGCCCUCGGAAGGAUUAGUCUCUCUCCCCUUCAAAAAUGUACUGCAGCCAUUCGUGUCUUGGCAUAUGGUUCUGCGGCUGAUACGGUCGACGAAUACCUCCGGCUCGCUGAAUCAACAACUCGGUUAUGUGUGGAAAAAUUUGCGGAAGGAAUUAUAUCUUUGUUCGACGAUCAAUACCUAAGAAGACCAACACCGGCUGAUCUUCAACGUCUACUCGAUGCUGGAGAGUAUCGUGGAUUUCCCGGGAUGAUAGGAAGCAUCGACUGUAUGCAUUGGCGGUGGAAGAAUUGUCCCUUUGCUUGGAAAGGGCAAUACUCUCGUGGUUCGGCUAAACCAACAAUCGUUUUAGAGGCGGUUGCUUCAUUUGAUCUCUGGAUAUGGCAUGCGUUUUUUGGAGCUCCAGGUACUUUAAAUGAUAUCAAUGUUCUUGAACGUUCGCCUGUUUUUUAUGACAUAAUACAUGGUCAAACUCCGAAUGUCACUUUCUCUGUCAAUGGAAGCGAGUAUCAUAUGCCUUACUAUCUUACCGAUGGUAUUUAUCCGAAAUGGGCAACUUUUAUCCAAUCUAUUCCUUUACCACAAGGACCGAAAGCAGUUUUAUUUGCUCAACGUCAAGAAGGCACUCGGAAAGAUAUCGAGCGUGCUUUUGGAGUCUUGCAAGCUCGGUUUGCCAUUGUUAAAAAUCCAGUGCUGUUUUGGGAUAAAGACAAAAUUUGGAAUAUUAUGAUGGCAUGUAUCAUACUCCAUAAUAUGAUAGUAGAAGAUGAACGAAGUGGAUACACUCUAGAAAAAUGCAGAGUUCACGCAAGGCGAAGACAACAUAACUUUACAUGUCGAUCACACGUUUUAUACAGGUGCCCCUAAAAGUUUCGCAAACCAGAUGAAUGUUGAGACAAGUAUUCGUGAUACACAAAUGCAUCAACAUCUGAAAAACAAUUUGGUUGAACAUAUAUGGAGUAAAUUUGGAUGAGAUGAAGACGACAACUGAUCCCGGAUGUUUUUUUCAAAUUAUUCUCCUAUAUUUUACUAAUCUUUGUUUUCAUGUUUUAAUUUAAUAAUGUAUGUUUAAAAUGUUGUCUUGUCUUUUAUUAUGUUUUAUGUAACAAAAAUAAAUUUUAUUUUU